AUGAUAAACGACACUCCAAAAUCGCAAACUAAGUUGCGAAGUGAUAAUGGCAGUACACUCUCAUCAUUGAGAACUGCCCAGCUGAAGAACAAUGACCAGCUCACUGGCAGAGUAGAAGCUGUCCGAUCUCCACCACAGAAGAAGGUAAAAGGAUUCGACAUAGAAAAGACUACUGCAUGGACGGAAACCUCAGAGGAAAUCGCGGAGAAUAUGACAAGGCAUGAUAUUAAUCCGCCGCAGAAGAGCAGAAAGCAGACGCUCACUGCCCCCCGCAAUGUGACCGAGGAGAACCAAGGAAUUAAUAAUAAGACUCAGACCGUUCACAUGCAACUGAGGUCACAUCAAAAGAAGCAGUCAAAUCAAAGGGGACUGAUGACUGAAAAGAGAGAGACGGAAAUCGGACGACUUCGGAGUACCCGAAGAAAGGAACUUCCUGGGGUGGAAAAGCAGAGCUCGUCUGAGCAAUCGACAGAAACCUCCAGCGCCAGCGUAGACACAGACGCGGAAAAUGCGAAUAUCCUCUGUAUUGACAUAAAAGACAGGAGCAGUAUUGCCCCAAACACGAAACCAUUAGCUGCAGAAAAGAUCCCUGGAGUGGAUGGCAACCAGAAUGUCAUCAUGAAUGGUUCGCCAGGAACUCCCAAGUCACCAACAUCACGCAACCAAGACCGGCCGCUCCGAGAACAGUGCCUAGUAAUACAGGGACUUCAGGAGCCUCAAGCAGAUACACCUAAAGAACGCGUAUUAGCUGAUCUCGGCUUGUUCCAAGGUCUUCUAAACACACUGCUUCAACCCGACGAAGAAAUUUCCGUGUUGAAAGCCUUCAGACUUGGAAAGCGUUCUACUGAACCCGCUAUUCCACCGCAUCCUAGGCCCCUUAAAAUUGUUCUGAGUUGCAAAGAGCAUGUUGAUCUCAUCCUCUCAAGACGUUUUAGGUUAAAAUAUUCCCACCAAGGAGUUUUUUUUCAGCCGGAUUACACACCACCGGAGCGGAUAAAACGCCGACAUUGGAUAUUGUACAAUCUUGACACAGAAGGCAUUCACAGACAAACUCAUACCAGUGACCAAUGCUUGUUGUAUGUAAUUACUUACCUAAUUUUUUUCACACUUGCCUUACACAUUGUUUUUUUAUGACGUUAUUGUAACCAAAAGGGAGUUCAAAGGCGUUCGCCUACUUUUCCCUUAAUAAAUCUGAUCUGAAGGCCACACUGUUUCCAUUGCGGUCUGCAAGCAGAGGGGACCCUGACGACACAGUUACUUUAAUACCAAGAGCUCGUCCGCACAAAUCUGGUAUACAUAUGGUUCCCCUUUUAUUCCUUUCCAUCCAUGAAGGCUCAUGUACGGGAAGAAAGAUCUUUUGUCUCCAGAAUUAUGCGGUUUGAAACUAUGCUUCAUCUAACAAUGUCCCGUAAUUUACCCGCAGAAAUGUUGGCGUUCUAGCGCUAGAUACCCUGAGUUUGGUGAGCCAAAGGACUUUCUCCGAAUGCUCCCUUGCUUGGACUUGCAGAAGGUAAUUUUUUGUCAUGGUCACUUUUAUGUCGUACAAAACGUGUCAAAGGGGAUGCUACCGGAAAUCAAUUGGCGCAUUCCUUGGACGCACGAAGACUAUUGGCAAGGAGAGUUGUAUCCUUGCUAGCACAUGUCCCCCCCCCUAAGAGCUGGGCUAAACUGGGGUCGACGGAGCCAAAGCCCAGUCCUAGAGAUCGUCCUUUCUAUUUUUAACAAAGUAGCUUAAAAUACUGCAAGUUUUCUGUAAUGGAAGUAGCCAGAUAAGCUGCCUUCGUAGAUCAAGAUAUGAAACGAUCUUAUGACCGUCUUAAUCCCCCUUACCUGUUUCCAAGGUACCGAGGUGGACUGGACCGCCUUACGGAACACUAACCGUCAGCCCAGCCGUUUUCCCUCUCCAGCUCCAGUCAAAAGGGCAGGGUCAACAGCUGAGUCCAAGAGUUGGCUCGAUCCAUCCUAAUACUCCUUCGUCCGCCAUAAACAAGUAACGCAAACAAGUUUACUUGUACGAUUGUUUCUACAAUUUGAUCUACCUGAGGAGCUUUCCCGCGCUAUCUGUCUUACAAGAAAAUCUGCAGUAUUAUUAAUCGGUUGUGUUAAAAGUAAAAGACGAAUGUUUCUUCGGACGUGACCGGGCCCUGUCUGUUGCAUUUUAAUCUAGCCAUUAGGACGCGGACAUGCGCUAUCAGAGUUAAGAGGGACGUAAUCUUGUACUCUAAAAUGUGGAGGAGAUGUGUGAGGGUUUGCAGACUUAUCACAAGUUGACGUGCUUGCCCUUGUUGUGGUAAACCUAUAGCAGCAGCUAACGAUCUGACAGGCGUACUCUGUAAUCAUCAGGAUUUUGCAACAUGUUUAAUACUCUCGUUCAUUGAAUUUUAGGUCACUGGGAAUGCAGAGCUGUAGGAUUUAUUAAACUGGGUCUGCUAUGUGGUUUUACUAGAUCAAAUCUCAUAUCUCACAACAACUUUUUCAUCGUAUAGCAAUUACGAAAGCACCUAGAAAGACAAGAACUGUUUGUUUGUAUGUAUAUCCUGUUAAGUUUACAAAGCGACACAUAAGUGUUAUGAACUGAGUAGACGGUAGCUAAUGAAAUAAGAAUAACUUUUUAGUAACGCUUAUAAACUGGAGCCCAAAACACACGUUAUAAGGUCUUCAAGGAGGCGGUGAAAAGGACAGAUAUUUUCCAGAACAACUUUUCGAGCGAGUAUGCAAAUUGUAAAGUCCCUCAGGAUUUCGUCUAACGCCUUCAACUCCAGAGUUAUCAUACUAACAGUAGCGGGUAUAAACGAUGAUUAUGGGAUUCAAAUUGCCAUCUACAGACGAAAGAAGCCAGAAAUAACCAUCCCAGUCUCCCUCGUCUUUGUCGGCAAUAUAACAAAUAAGCCGGAGUGUUUUGGUGUACGGCCGUCACCGUAGCUGUUCUGAUUCUGUAUUUUGCGAUCUGCGAAAUGAGCUGAAUUUGAUGGGCCUUUUUGGCCACUCCACCGUGACGACCGAAAUGGUCACAGAGAAUGAAACGAUCGAUACGGUAAGACUGUCCAGUAGUCAGAACGGCCGCAUUAUGCGGCCAUCAAAACCCCUCCUUUAUCCAUUGUAGGACAUCAGGAUUUCCCGCUGAUACAGCAGUUAUUCAAGGAGUUACCUCCCAGUCCUUUUUUCAGUUAGUGGGCAGAGAGUAUGAUACGCGUUGAUUUUUUUGCUUUAGGCCACGCUACUCAGACCAGUCUGACUACAAUGACCAAGAAUUUCAAUGUCGCACCUUCGUUGACAGAAAGAGGGGUGAGUUCAAAGGCUUUACUGACAGCAGGCAGAGAAGACACAUCCAAAAGUUACUAAUAACAAGAAUGAAAAGGAACGAAUAUAACGAGCCGACAGAGCGCCGAUGCCCACUUUUUCUAGCCGCCAGCUAAAUAAAACAUUGGAAGAAAAACAACAGUGUUAGUUGAGAUGGUGGAGAACUUUUCAAAAUUCGCUACACCGGCAGCCCCGCUAAAAAUUAAUAACGAUAUAAAGAGAGGCGAAUCUUCGAACAAAUCGACCCACCCUCUGGCAUACUAAUGACAUACUAAUACGAGUUACGACACGACUCCUGUCAGGUAGAAAGUUCUUAAUAAUCCUAUUAUCUCUCUUCAAGAUUCAUACCUGGGCCCUUGAAUUCGUUUGCCAGCCAUUCAAUCAGGAAUAGGCGCGCAUCGCUUUUCAAAGAAAUUAGGUUCGGCAUGAAUGGCAAGAAUCAAAAGAAGGCUGUCAAAUACCAGACCGAAAUCGGUCAGACGACACUGGAUACGGGUAGACUGACACAUGACUGUUUUGGCCCCAUUCUGCCUUCAUUCGGCCAAUCAUAACCCUUAGUACAAUCUGAGAGCAGAAGCAUAACAGUGCGCACGUAGGUGAUGCAGAUUUAUCAGAUUACCAAUAUGUCCGUGUCUCUAUCGUCACCCUCCUGCUCUCACAGUUUGGCCAAGAUCGGCCUCGCUGGUAGUUAUCCCUUCGUGACCUCUACCACCCAUUCGGAGCUUGCUUUCUUCGUGAGGUCAGUAUAUCGGUGCGCAUCUAUUCCUGCUUGAAUAAACACUUGAUCUGCAGCCACAGAGAAUGACAGGUAGCGAGGCCCUAGUGAAGUUGUGGCGGUUCGAGUCUCCUCACCCUCCGCCUUUGUCACGCUGCCGUCCUGUCCGCCUCACACUCCGUGUCGAGACGCUGCUGGGACGCGCGAGUGCUCGAAGCCAAUCAACGCUGUCCCCACUCUGAUUGGCUGGCGACGUGGAGACAACGAAGGGCGCACACACGCGCUAACACAACACCUCGAGGGCGGGCGCAGACAAGAGCUUGCUUGGAGCGCGCUUGCGGCGACUGCCCACACAGCCUUUGUGUACACGCUUUCCAAGCAGUAAAGUUUGUCCAACUCAAACCGUCUUCCCUGACUUUUGAUUGGGAAUCUUUAUCUUGUCGACCACACGACCGUCGACAAAGUGUCCGGUUCGAUGAAGAACUUAUGACCCAUCUGCGCCGUGUACGAACUCAUCUUUGCGUUCCCAACUGGUUGUCAGGAUUAUGAUUGGUUGAAUGAAGGUAGAAAAAGUCCGAAACAGCCGUGUAUCAACCUGUAUCGCCAGUCUCUCUCGUCCCUCAUCUCCUGCCACCACGGCCUGGACGAGAGCGCCCUGGUAGUUAGUUGUCAGUUGGUGAACUCUACCACACAUUCGUGGAGCUGACGGAUCGGUGUUUGCCAGUUCCUGUGUGAACGCCCACACCCUGGUUAUCAUAGCAGUAGUCAUCUAAAGUCUGACUGAUUACUUCACAGUAUACUCCAAAACUUGUGAAACGCUGAUCAAACUCGUUCUAUAUGCCCUUAAAUAUUAAAGGUUGCCCGAGCUUGGUUACAGUACCGAAGGCAGGCUGGACCUACAUAAAAAUGACUUCAAACAUCCUGGAAUGCUGGCAUUCCAAAGAGUGCCAACACAUCCUUAAAACAGGAUCACUCAUACAGCACAACAUUGCCUGGUGACAUAAAGUCAGUCAGUUUCCGUAGAAGGAAAUGACACCUUCCAACUUCGUGCUCGACUCUGGUUAUCUCUUACGAAAGGUGAUUUCAUGGUCCUUGCUUUAGAAGCAGGGCUACCGCCGUCAUCGUCAAGUCUUGGUACUAUGGGUUAACAAAACGAUGUAUACUUAGAUGACUAUAAUACAUAGGCAGCCCGCUAAGAGUGUAACAGGCCAGACGCAGACAGCUGUUUAUGGUCGCUACCGAUCAUCAGUACGUCGUAGACCUUAUGAAGUGAGGUAUAUAAGCAUAUCAAGUAGGUGUAUGACCCUCUCUGUUGUGGCAAGGAUCUCAUUCGAUUCCGUUCUGUCCGUCCGCCAGCUUGCUACUGACGGCAGCCAGGGUUGUGUCAUAGGACACAUACCUCAUAUAAUACAUAUACAGCCUGCUAGGUGUGCAACAGGUCAGACGCAGACAGCUUUUUCGUGGUUUUUACCGAUCAGCAGUGCGUCUGCGUCUGCAUCUGGCCUGUUGCACUCCUAGAGAGCUGCCUAUGUAUUAUAUGUGGCAUAUGUUCCAAGACACAGCGUUCGUUGUCGUCAGUAGCAAUCUGGCGGGUGGACAGAAUGGGAUCGAGUGACAUUCUAACCACAACAGUGAGGGCCACAGGCCUAAUUGACAUGCUUAGAUGACCUUUCUGUUAGACGAAUUGCCACACGGUAUCACAUUAAACGCUAUGAAAACAUGGAAAAGAGUAGCUGAAUGCAUUUGCACUCUAGACAGGUAAACGAAAGGGUUUAUAUUAAAGUGGAGCAUACCGGAACGGCGAUGAACGCAGUACUCUUCAUCGGUUCCCUCCGGACAGUGGCUUAGACCGUCGCAAAAAAGCACCUUGGGUACGCAGACUCGACGGUCCUCCCGGCAUGAUUCAAAUCCAUCUGGACACUUUUCAAAGGAAUACUUGCCAUCUAAACGACAUUUGACAGGUAUCAGGUGUAGGCAAGAUAUCCUGAAGUUCCUUAAACACAAUUUGACACGCUGUGUAAAAUAGAAUUAUUAAAAUAGUUAUGCACAGCGAAAGUGUUACAUCUCGGCCCCACAUACGAGGGAUAUUGUGGCAUUAGACCUAAACCGAGAUUUUUAUUCCGAAAGGUAUUUUCGGGUGGAGUAGGUUCUAACUUCGAAAGAGAAAACGAUAGCUUGUCCAACCCAGUCAAAGAGGACCACCCGUAGCUGCAAGAGGAUGCAGUAGAGCAGAUGUUAGAACCACCUGAAUCAUCUUCUCCCUCUUUUCCCUUCGUACAGCCAUCAUGGUGGGUUAGCAAGAAAAAGUCAGUGCGAUUGAAAACGCUAGUGGGCGUCGUGGGCUGACAGGGUUUAACAAGUUAUCUUCGAAUGCCACUCUGGUGCUGAAUCCCGCCCAUGCUAACCGGGCCGUUAUGAAAUGGAUAUCGAAACUGGGGUACGUUAAGAAUGUUAUGAAAUCAUGUUGAGGAGGCUGUAUCACAGUCUGGUCAUCACUUAAGAGCAGAGUUCAGUUAACCCGCCGCCUGGCAGUCCUUCAGGCCACUAAAAGUGUCACACAGUGAUAACUCCAAGCGUCACAGAUGGGUUACAGUGUCGAAUCUGUACGUUGUGGUCCCAUUAAGAUAGAUACCUCAUGGUCAUGAGGUGUAUCCCGAUCACCUAAUAAAGAUAAAACAACUGUCUCACGACGUCAUCCCUGACAGCGAAGUGGGAUCCAGCUGUUCACCCUCCACCUUUGGACGUCUGCUCUAAAAGUUGUACUUACAGUAUUUCGUUUUCUGUGCCCAAAGACGUGGCCACCGUUGAUAAUCGAGGUGUCCCAUCCGUAACAACUCAGUUUGGGGACAACCAGAACUGUUGUAAUCACUACUCUGGUGGGCAGAAACCGGACAUUCCAAACCGCCAGCACUUCUAACAGUAAAUUUUAAAGUCCUCCCCCCCUGCGAUGAGGUAGGCUAUGCUUUACUAGGCAGGGUUGCUUAGUAACCCCAGAUGGCUGCUGAACUACACAGAGGUACAGAAUUAGCCCGGGAUGUCUGCAGCGAUUAGCCUGCCCAUGACGCCAGGUCUCGGUUAACAGGAUAGGACUUGGGGGAUUUAUGCUGCAUGGAACCUUGAGCUGCUCUCAACCAACCAGAAGGAGCCGCAGGAAGGUCGACUGUGUAGAUCAUGACCGAGACGUACGGGGGUGCUGUAGGUAAGAACUCAGACCGCAACUGUGUUGUCACUCCCGGUUAUUUGGUACUUUGGAUGACUGUCGCACAACAACAAACUGAGGGAGAUACCCUGUCGCAGCUAACGUGUCAGAGCAUGCCGUGCACGAAGAGUUUGACGCCGAGUAGAGUGGGCCCAACCACGGUCGUUGCAAGUACUGGUAAGAUGUGGUUUGGUAGCCCCACCUGAUGUUGGGGUUGGGGUUAAGAGUUAGGGAUUGCGGCCAGGAUUUAGCGUUAGAGUUAAAGUUUAGGGUUAGGGGUUAGAGUUAGUGGUUAGGGGUAGGUGUAAGCACAACUAUUUCUCAACCAUUCAAAGUACAAGCGCACAUUCCCAAUAGUUUUCUUGUUCAUACAAAUACUUGACCUCGUCGUCCGUGCGUUUCCGGCCCCUCCUGUAAGAGCCGCUAUUCCCAUCGGUCCCGUAUUAGAGGUGACUGGAGUUUGUUUACUUCAGGUGGGGCUACCAAACCACAUCCGACCCAAGUGCUUGCUCACAGUACACAGUAGGCCCCCGCCAAACGCCUCGGUGAACAUAGUGAAAAAUUCUACUUCAUCCUCCCAUGACACCCGGCGUUCAACACGGCGGUCGCAUUCCGGUAACCGUUUUUCGUCAGCGAGCUGAACCAGACGAGGACGUCAGAUAGUUCUUUCACCUAUCCCCAUCCCCCUCCCAACUUCCCCUCCAAACAAAAAAUCCUACGGAGAGGACGGCACGCAACCUAGUAGGUGGCUCAGUCUAAUUCAGGUCGUCUUCUCACUACGACACGGUUGUGACGGCAUGGAAUUCAACGCCCUCCUGGGAUAACUCAGAAACGUUGCCUAGAUAAGCAUUAGUCAUUCCUUCGUGGAGAAGAAACUGUAUCUUAAAAUUACGCCCACCGAGCGUGGACGGGAUUCGUGGACGCAUAGACUGCGGUCAAAGGACUAUGUAAAAACAACCCCAUCCCCAUCUCUAUGUCUCCUUUAAGCUUUUAGUUAGUCCAUUGGUCAAUCGACCGUAACGGGAACGGAGUGAGCGUUGCUCUGGAGCGAGCGUCCAAAGGCGCAGGGCAGCUCUUUCUCCAGUAGGUCCGGACGGAAAAGGGUCUUCUUCUGCGAUAUGAAUGCACCCUAGGUUGCAUCACUGACAGCUUCUCGAGAACCGCUUUUCCAUCUGCACGAUGAGGCCUAACUGCAAUCCAACAGGCGACCACAGGACAUGUAAGCACCAGAUUAGUUAAAUCCUGCACUACUGGAUACGAUGAAGAUCGACUGACUUCUCACAAGCGUCUUGCUACACGUCUCAUGCAAGUAAAAUGCAUGUAGGAAGAUACAGUCGAUGGGACCAAACGGACUGAACCGUGAGAUGUCUCCCAAGCCAUCGCAUUGAAGUCCUCGGCCAUGCACGCAGAUAACAGGAGGACUGGUUCGAUGACAACGGCGAAGAAGUCCGAUGUCUGUCUCUUGGAAACGUAACCUAUACAUCGACAACGACACAACUAGCCGUAUACUUCUGUUGUUGAAGCCUAGUGCAACAGAGGCUGACGGAGAUGCAGAACGAUUAACUAGCUCGCAAAACAGAAGGUAUCCAAGGAUACGCGGAUCGCGGUGGGAUAAAGUAUUUCUUCGCGGCCACCAAGGCCGCCUACGGGCAAACCAGCUCAAAGUCCUAGAAUCUAAAGCACUUGGUCGCGCACUUUCAUGUCGUUCUUAACCAUUCAUUCACGAUUUGUGAAAAAACCCCUAGUCGACUUCCAUGUGUCCCCUUAAUUCAGCAAUACCCCUGACCAACACCUACGGAUGAGUAAACAUAAUGCCCUACUCACGUACGUAGAUAGUCUUCAGAAGUUAUACAACCUAUGAAUCGUCAGCGUCAUGGAAUCGAAAUUUGCCCCUGCUCGUCAUCUGUGAUUAUCCGUCAGACUAAAUGGGGCGAUACUUUGCAAACAAAUAAUUACUUAGUUUCCGUUUGCCACCCCAGUGACAUUAUGAUGCAGAGGACUGAGACUAAUCGGUGCACACUAGCUCGGGGCGUUUUGAACAAACUAGGAGACUGAAUCAAUUAUCUGGAACAACACUGACCGAGGACUGAGUCUUUCUAUUCUCGUAGCCUCUUGGAAGUCCCGCGGCUUCCCUCCAGCAAUGGCUACUCCUUCACCCGUUGUCCUGCUCCCUUAUCACAUGCGUGGGCGUAAGAUCGUAGAAUAUGGCCCGUUUAGGCAGAAUAGCGUUACCGACAAGGACGACGGAGACUGGAAUGACCAUUUCUGGUUUAUUAUCCGUAGUCAGCCAGGUGUACUCAAAGCCGUGGUGUGGAAUACCUGGAGCUCGACCCGCGAUCUGUUGGCUAGAAAUCCAACGCUCCUAACCACUGAACCACGGGCUCGUUGUCCUGUCGGUUGUAAAUGGGUAUAUACAGUGGUAGAUGGGCGCUUACCGAUCGCGGGAUCGAGCCCCAGAUGUUCCACGCCAAGUGUUUGGGUAUGACUGUCUGACGACGACAACGACGACGACGACGACUAAUAGGCCAAAAAUGGACAUUCCAGUCUCCCCGUCCUUGUCGGUAAUGCUGUCCUGCCUAUAUUACACGCCGUCGUGCAGCUGCUGGCGGGGCUCAAGAGAGAGCCUGUAAGUCCCAACGGAACGAGUGGGUUCCGCAGCGCGAUUGGCGUGGGGCCCAUCUACUGUGGUUCGUGUGUUGUACAUGUUAAAUGCCGGUGACUAGUCGUGAGCGGUUGGUUUAUUGUUUGGUAGCAUAGUAUAGUUAUUUAACCUAGCCCUGAGUCUUUUCUUCGGAUGUGUGCAAGCGAGUCCUGUGACUAGAUCAGGUGAUAAUGCCUUGGGUCAAUUGGCAUCUAAACUACUGAUUUCGUUCUGCCUCGAAUCCCCGGCCCCCACGCCGUUCGAUCUACAUUUUUGCCAGACUACACGUUACAAUUGUCACUGACAUAUUUCCGGAGUGUUCGCUUAGCCCCGCCUGCUGCCACGUGGAAAACAAACUUAUGACGUAUUUUCUCCGAUCAGCCUGCACCGGAUGAAUACAGAUUACUGCUAAUAACAAACUGACACGAGCAAGUGAUCCUAGGUCAACUGCAUCGCAGUUGUCGCAAGUCAUCAGUAUGCAAGGUGAUCCUUCUGUAAAAGCGAUCAGAUCAUGUUGUUCACCCUCUCAUCUUCGCCUGAUAUUUAAAUACAUUGACAAACAGAGUGCAGAGAAUAAGAAAAUGCUGAACAGUAGUAAUAAUGGAGAACAUUAGCUGCACUUGGUGCACAACACCCCAACUUACAGACGCUACUAAUCAUUAAAUCCAUGGUGAAUUUCUUCACUCCUGGAGCGGGCUCGAUUAUUACUCCUUCGGCGUCCUCUAUCAGCAUAUAUAUGUUUUCCGUUGGAGGUAUCGUGUGUUUGCAGGCAAUUUGGUCCUGAGAAGAAAGAGUUACGUCGGUUCAUCAGAAUACCGGCAAAGGUGCCUGCGCGAUACAACAUGCUAUUGCCUGUGACACACGCCGAAACAGCUGCACGUUUUCUUGAGCUCACUAAAGAAAUUAAGGGCCAAUUUAUACGCUAAAUAUCCAGACUAUUAAAGAAGCGGUUUGCCAGAAUGACCUCGGAGGCUUCCCAUCUUUGAUUCCUGUUUAGGGCUUCUAACUACUGUCCAUCGAAAUGAGUCUGAGACAAAAAUGCAAACACACAGAAAAGACCAGCACCUGUUUGCCUAACACCGGUUGGGGAGCAGUUAUUGAGGAACGAAGGCCACUUCUGUUGCCAGGAGCAUUUAUCUCAAUGGUACUGAUAAGCGAGACAAAAUAGCUCGUGCACCAUGAUGGCGUAACUUUCGAAUGAGAAUCCGCCCAGUUUUGGCGGGAUAAAUUUGAUGACUGUUCGUCGAAGGUUACGCAUUGUGGGUUAGAAAUGGUCCAACCUCCAUUUCUUACAAAAGGAUUGCUGAAGAUUCGGUAGGUUCAAGAGUUGCUACUCUUUAAAAGGUCCUAGUUCGGCUACCUUCUACUGCAUAUGCAUGUAAUCUAGUGUCCCCAGAGUGCUUCGGCCUAUUUCUUCAGAUAUAUUCCAGCAGUUUGCCUAGGUCAGCAUGUCUCCUGAGGGCUGCAUUGAGAGAAAUGGAAUUGGGCACAGGAAUAUGGAGCCUCCCCCCCCCAUAACGUCCAAAGGAGUUAAAUUCAUGGUUCGGGUUAGAAGUAGGGUUGUAGUUAGAGUUAGGGGUGUGGCGACUGCUGUUAAGGUUAGGGUGAGUGCCAGAGUAAGGUGUUAAGUUGGGACACGGGAAUAUGAACCCCCUGAAAUUCAGCGCGAGGCCACUUAUGGUACGGGGGGGUCCAUAUUCCCAUGUCCGACCAGAAACGAGAAAAUGUUUUUAGAAAAAAUAACUUUAAAGCACUCUAAAACUCUGAGAAACCUGUAUGCAAAUUCCGAGCACCGGCUUGCUACUAGGACUAUUAUAUUUCAAUAUUUGCUUAAAGAUUAAGGGUCGGGUGAAGGCCCCAAGCAUCUGUGGCAUACAACGAAUGCAUACUAUAUUUAUUUAAGUGGGUUUUAGUCCGACACGAUUAUUUCGGUUCGGUGUUCCGUCGUACAAGGUUCGGUCGCCUGUUGUAGACGGUUUGGUACAUUAUCUACAAUGAACUGAGCUCAAAGAUUUGAGAAGCGAUUGUUUUAGACACUUAAUGUUUAUUUCUUUAAUUGUCUUGUUUAAUUUCGGUUGCAAUAUGUCAAUGUCUCAAAUUUUUUCUGCUCGUAAAACGAAUUUACCAAUUAUUUAUACUUAUUUGGCCAUUCCUCUAUGCAUGCAUAGGCCCCACCCAUAAAACCCCUAGUUCCACCUUUCCCGUAAGACAGGCACCUUUGGCCGGUCAUGUGUGUGUUUGGGUCCUUCACCCGAUUGUUGCUGCAACAGUCAUAAAUUUCCCUAACAGAGGUGUGAAGGCACAUGUAAAACUGCAUUUGGAACAGAUGAGCACACAUGCAAAUCUGGCUCUUCUACCCUGCCCAGCACUAGCUGACAGCAGGUCAAAAGUUGAAAACAAUAAUAGAUUCGGUAAUUUGUUGGACGCUUCAGGGAGUUUAAACUGCCUAAUGCUUAAAAGACUUUAUUGCAACAGACUACAAAAAUAGUAAACUGACAAAGCCGGGAAACGUACGCCCUAGGACGGAACUGAUGCUUUAUUCUCAAAUUCGGUAAGAUGUGGUUGUAUAGCCGCACCUAAUGAACACAAUACUGUUAGGGGUUAAGACAUCCAUUCCUCAACCACUCAAAGUACAACCGCGUAUUCCCAAUAGCUUUUCUUUUGCAUGCAAUUACUCGUACCAGUACGUUCCCCCGCCCCACCUGUAAAAUCCCUAUCACAACCGGUGCUCUAUUACAGGCGGCUAGAGGUUGGUUAAUCUUAGGUGCGGCUACAUAAUCGCAUCUGACUUCAAAUUAGAGGCUGUCCGCUUGAUGGCUCGAGUUACAGUAUGAGAAUGAGCCAGUAGCUAAGGAGGUGCUACACCAGACGAGAAAUCGAAAGUCGACAGUUCGAUUUCGGCAGGAAAGACGUCUUCUGGUUGUGAGAGGCUCCUAACUGGGCUUUCUGGUACACCAACAUCGUUUUUUUUGUCAAGCAAAUUUUUGCACAUUCUUCCUGAGCAACGUAGUUGCAUCAGCUAAAUCUGUAGCCUCCAAGCGGUAUGACGGUGUACACGGAGGUCGGUAAUCAUCAAGCCAAAUCCCGAGUUCUGGGCAAAGACAGAAUGAGGGGUUUAUUGCAUACAGAACCCUGAGAAAUCCUCUCAGGCGGCAGUGGCCGCUGGCGAGACCAGGGUUUGUGCUGAAUGAGAGUUAAUGAGACAGUGGUGGUAGCUCGUGACCCAAGCUCAGGUGCUGAGGGAUGGUGUUUAAGAAGCUUAUGUUGUUGGUUUCGGGAGUGUGGUGCGUACAAGUUGCCCCCUGUGCGGCUGGGACUCUGUGGUCGCAUGUGCGUCCGACUCGAAGUCACUUUGCAAUGUUCCACGAACUGUUUGCAGUCGUUUGAAUGAUGUGACACUUCCCUAGGAUAGUGAUGGAGUAACUGCACGUGAAAACGGCCGGUGCCCUUCCCUCUCUCUAUAUCGCCGACCUCCUCCCCACAACUCGCUGUAACGCUCAUUUCUCUCCCUCUCUCUCAACGUCGGCACCUCCCCCGGCAUCUGCCCUGCAGUUGCCCAAAGCGCUGCGUUCGCCACCGGUUGUUUAGCAGGCAUGCCAGUAUCGCCUCACUAGUCAGACAGGUCACUCCCUUCCUGUAACUCAUCCCGUUUGUAAAAUUAACCACUAUUAUACAGUAGAUGACCUAACUCAUGAAAUGUCGAGACCGGUAUUUGAGUUGAGGGGACGGCACCUAGUUGGUGUGGUUAUUUUUGUUUUUAGAAUUUAUUAGAAUCCCAAAAAGCCUUUUUCUAAAGAAGAAAUCAUGUUAGUUCCGUUUUAUUCAGGGGAAACGGACCAAAAUUAGGCAAAUUUUGACAUCUCGGGAUAUCUACUUAAUUUCCUAUUCUAAUAAGUAUCCCCUAUUAAAAGCUCUUAUUUGGAAGUGUUGCGUUAUAAAAAACUCAUAUAACAAAGAAAAAUAUCGAAGGAGGCUACUCUGGGAACGAAAAUUUUGAUUUUUAGUUCAUGAAAAUCAGGUCGCGUCAAGUAUGUAAAAACACAUUAUUCUCAUGAAUCGGAAGUAAUUUGUUCUUCGUGAACCCUAUUUAGCAAAACUGUAACGUUUUAUAUCGUUAGACGCAGUAAUAAGCUUGUUCGACUGGGUUUGUUUUACUACACCGGGAACUAGUAGUAGAUGUUGGUCGACAUCGUAAAGGAUGCCUUCAGUUACAACGACAUUCACAGACGUCGAAUGGACACUGUAAUGUUGCAGGAUAAUGCCCCUGUCCACUGCUCAAAGGAGGUAUGAAUCAAAUUUAGCUUACGACUAUAAUCUAAUAUUGUAGACCACAGUCAGCCCCUCUGCCUGCGGCCUUCGAAGGAUUUUUAUCCCCGCCAACAGCCCCAACCUAAGUCCCAUCAAAACUCUUUUUGCACUUAUCAAAAGAAAUUGGGACAAGGCAAGGAAACAUGUUUCUAUGGGACAGAAGUUGACAUUUUUGCUUAA